AUGCCCCUCGGCCAACUUCCCUCAUCGCGAUUGAGCAUCAACCCCGGUCCCGAAUGGGGAACGACCUGCCGUCUGUAUCCAUCUUCUUUGGGACGGACACCUCUACUGGUCACUGUCCUCAGUUCCAUCACCACAAGAAAAGAACAUUGUGCUUCCAGUCUUCACCCCCCUCGACUCGCCAUGAACGCGCCCGCACAAGAAGCCGUCUCCCGUCUGCCGAUCUAUCCAGACGAUGAAAUCAUCGGACACGCCGGACGCUUUCUGAUUUGGUCUCCCGCCCCAAGAAUGCAGACUAGUCCGCCUCUAGUGGGCGGGCCCCUUCCUGCCGGGGUGGCCAGUGACAAGAGAUGGAAACACAAUGACGCUUCUGGGGGCACACCCGACCCGGCGGUCGACUCGUGGGGACUGGAGAGGGCAACGAUCGCCCAUGGUUAG